ACCCGCAUAAGAAUCGUCAACGGGAAUGUCAACCUCCGACUUUUCUCAUGCGUCUAACGUACCGAACCGAACCUACACUCCACCCUGUGACUGAGUCUAAUGACCAACCAGAAACCAUAAACGAUCAAAAUCAUAUUCCUAUCCAUUAACCGGGCGCACGGCCCCUCUAGCUAACAUGGUGAACCGGCGCCAAACUCGCCAGGCCUCUCGCUUACAGGAUGUACUUUCGGCGCGCCAGUAUAUCCCAGCCGGCCGAGAUGGCUUGGGGGAGUCGGAACUCGUACCGAAAGAUACAGUAGCUCCUAGCGAAGGACAUGAGAAGAUCACUUCGCCGCCCGCAGCUCAGAGCUCGGAGUCCCCCACGGAAAAAGCUAACCAGGAUACCUUUACAGACAGUAUGCCUAAGGUACGCUCUCGAUUGCACGUGCGGAGAAGUGCGGGGAGACCUAGACUGGAAGCCAGCAAUGGUGGGGCUGUUCUAUCAGAGGAUCGUCGAGAUCAGAUCCGACGCGCUCAACGGACCUACAGACUCAAAAAAGAAGCCACUCUUGAAAAGGCCAAGGAGCGUGCAGCAGAUCUGGAAGACAGGCUUAAUAUAGUCGCUACCGCAAUCGCUGACUAUAAAGCUGCGUUUCCGUCCGAGCUAAAAUCUAGCUACCCUGCGCUUGUUAGACACCUGGAUUGCAUAAGUGACCUUUUGACCUCAAAUUCCGAACCUUUUACACAGUCAAGGACAAAAACUAGUACCCCAUCAAGUCUUGAUUCUGAUAAAGAUGCUUCACAACCCAACAAUGACACUGCUCCUAAAGAUAUUCCUAAGAUAGAUUGUGGAUGCUUGAAGGAUUACCAACACAGAAAGCACAAGGAGCCUACAGCAGACUCUGUGAAGAAGAGACCUCGACAUGUGUCUUUUAGUGAGGAACUGGAAGACAAUUCGAACGGCCGUUCAACACGAAUUCAGCAAAUCGCACAACUACACAGCAAAGACAUUCAUUACACAUACUCGUCCCAAGAAAAAGACUUCCGACGGAGACUCCAGCGUUAUAGUCUGGAAUACGCCUUUCGCUUAUUCACCGAUGCACGGUCCCAUCCACUUGAGGUUUACCGAGUAUUCAGAUUGGUUCCCUGUAUACAAGACAGGACGCAAAUGUAUCCUUACUUCCGGAAACUCGUCAGCGCCGGGGCAAAAGAAGCAUUGGAGAUACCAAACCUUCCACUUUAUUCAAUCGGCGGUGUUGGAACACAUUAUCCCAGGAAAGAUAGUUUGGGAAACCCCAUAUAUCCUGCUAAUACGAGAACCCCUAGACGAGUCCUCGGACUAUUCCAGCCUCUAAGAGGAAUGGGCGAAGUUGGCCAAGAAACAAAUCAUCAGAGAUUCUUAGAAUUGUGCGGAUAUGGCGGUGAAUGGUUUGAUUGCCGAGAUGUGGAAGGAUACCUUAGAGAACAAGGCGUGGAUCUGGAUGCAUCUUCUCUUUUCCCUUCUGUACAUGAUCAACGGAUUCGCCAAAUACCGCAGUCAACUGAAUCCCACGGACAAAACGGAGACACACCCUCUUACCAGUCGACAAAGGCCUAUGAUUCCCACACAUUUGAAGAUGCCAACAUUGCGACCUUGUCUGGAUGUCUCAAAAGUUGUAUGCUUGAUAUUGAGCAGUUUAUUAGCAUGCUACUCCGCGGAGUUGUUAUCUUAGGCCGGGCGCCCGGUUUUAGACGGACUGACGUCGAAGUUGCCUUUAAAACAGCAUUGAUGAUACACUGAUAAGGGGCUAGCUAUUUAACUGUGGCUCGCUGCCCUGUCAUUGUGAUACAUUUGAUAUCUUCUACAUAUAUAUACCUCUGCGGUAUCCUAUCGCCGCGCACGAGGUAUUAACGCAAUCGGAGG